AUGUUGAUAGUUUUAUUACAGUUAUGUGGAUGUUCUCAUGGUAAGGAGUGUACUAAUAUUCCAACUAGUUUGUCUUCACACACUGUAAGAUAUGAAUUGUUGUCAUCUGGUAAUGAAACAUGGAAAAAGGAGAUGUUUUCGUAUUACCAUUUGACUCCUACAGACGAUUCUGCCUGGUCGAAUUUGCUUCCAAGUGAGAGGAUGAAGGAGGAUGAGGAAUACAAUUGGGCAAUGAUGUAUAGGAAAAUUAAGAAUACUGGUGGAGUUGAAGGUUUGCUUAAAGAAGUUUCAUUGAAUGAUGUGAGGUUGGAUCCUGAUUCAAUGUAUGGACAGGCUCAGCAAACUAAUUUAGAAUAUUUGCUGAUUUUGGAUGUUGAUAGUCUCGUUUGGAGCUUUAGGAAGACUGCUGAUUUGGAUACUCCUGGCGAGCCGUAUGGUGGAUGGGAGGCUCCAACAUGCGAGCUUCGUGGCCAUUUUGUAGGGCAUUACAUGAGUGCUUCAGCACACAUGUGGGCUAGCACUAAUAAUGACAGCCUCAAACAGAAGAUGACUGCUGUAGUUUCUGCUCUUUCUUCUUGUCAAGAAAAAAUGGGAACGGGGUAUCUUUCUGCUUUCCCCUCCGAGCAAUUCGACCGGUUUGAAGCUAUAAAACCUGUUUGGGCACCAUAUUAUACAAUUCACAAGAUAUUGGCAGGUCUUUUGGAUCAGUAUACUCUGGCUGGUAAUGCUCAAGCUUUAAAAAUGACGACAUGGAUGGUCGAUUACUUCUACAACCGUGUACAGAAUGUGAUAUCAAAAUACACAAUUGAAAGACACUGGUUAUCACUAAACGAAGAAACUGGAGGCAUGAACGACGUUCUUUACAAAUUGUACAGCAUAACGGGGGAUCAGAGGCACUUGUUGUUGGCUCAUCUUUUUGAUAAACCGUGCUUUCUAGGAUUGCUAGCUGUGAAGGCUGAUGAUAUAUCUGGAUUUCAUGCUAACACUCACAUUCCGGUUGUUAUUGGAUCUCAAAUGCGGUAUGAAGUUACUGGUGAUCCACUAUAUAAGGAAAUAGGGAUGUUCUUCAUGGACAUCGUCAACUCUUCUCACAGCUACGCGACAGGAGGAACUUCAGUUAAGGAGUUCUGGUCAGAUCCAAGGCGUCUAGCUAGCACUCUACAAACUGAGAAUGAAGAAUCUUGUACGACCUAUAACAUGUUGAAGGUUUCACGUCACCUGUUCAGAUGGACCGAGGAAAUGGCUUAUGCGGAUUAUUAUGAACGAGCUCUGACAAAUGGUGUGCUGAGCAUCCAAAGAGGAAGAGAACCUGGAGUAAUGAUCUACAUGCUCCCCCUACACCGUGGUGCUUCCAAGGCUAAAAGCCUCCAUGGUUGGGGAACAAAGUACGAAACUUUUUGGUGCUGCUACGGAACAGGCAUUGAAUCAUUUUCAAAAUUAGGAGACUCAAUAUACUUCGAAAAGGAGGGAGACACUCCUGCUCUUUACAUCAUCCAAUACGUAUCUAGCUCACUUGAUUGGAAAAUGGGACAUAUUUCACUGAACCAGGAAGUACAGCGAGUUGUUUCAUGGGAUCAACGCCUUCGGGUGACAGUGACAAUUUCCUCAAAAGAGCUAGCAGAAAAUGCAGCAUCUACCUUGAAUUUUAGGAUACCACUGUGGACAUAUUCAAAUGGUGCAAAGUCCUCGUUAAAUGGUCAGGAAAUACCGUUAGCAACUCCAGGCAAUUUCUUCUCACUGACUAGAAAUUGGAACUCAGGUGAUAAAAUUGCUUUGGAGCUGCCUAUGAGUCUUAGAACUGAGACUAUUAAAGAUGACAGGCCUGAAUAUGCUUCUGUUCAGGCAAUAUUCUACGGUCCCUACCUUCUUGCCGGUCUUUCAAAUGGUGACUGGGACAUCAAAGCAGAUUCAACUAAGUCUAUUUCAGAUUGGAUUAGUACUGUUCCAGGUUAUUACAAUGCUCAUUUGAUAUCCCUUUCGCAAGAGUCCGGGAAUGCAGUAUUUGUCCUCACAAACUCCAAUCAAACAAUAAAAAUGGGGAAUUUCCCUCAAGAAGGAAAUGAUUCUGCUGUCAGUGCAACUUUUCGAAUAGUUCUAAACGAGACAACAAACUUUGUAAAGUUUUCAGGGCCAACAGAUGCUAUAGGGAAAUUAGUCAUGCUAGAACCAUUUAAUUUUCCAGGCAUGCUCAUUGUACAUCAAGGAGUUGAACAAUAUCUUGGUAUUAAGGAUUCAUCGGAAGGUGGUGGUUCUACUUUUCGCUUGAUUUCAGGGUUGGAUGGUAAAAAUGGAACGGUUUCCUUGGAAUCUCAGGACCAUGAAGGUUGCUUCUUGUACAGCAGUGUCGACUAUCAAUCCGGUACAAGCAUUAAGCUCAGAUGCAUAUCAUCAGAAUCUGGAUUUAAACAGGCAGCAAGUUUUACUUUGAGAAAAGGAUUGAGUGAGUAUCAUCCUAUCAGCUUUGUGGCAAAAGGGACAGACAGGAACUUUCUUCUGGCUCCAUUACUUAGCUUAAGAGAUGAAUCUUACACAGUAUAUUUCAACAUUCAGUCAUAA